ACUUGGUGCGCGAGGUUGUGGGUAUCCAAGGUCAUUAUGGCCGGACGUUCGUUGCUGUCCCGUCCCGUAGAUCUACUGAUUGUCCUCGUGUUUACACUUUUCUUUUUGAUUGCUAUCUCUAUAGAUCUCUUGCAAGCUACUUCUGACGAGAACGUGGCUGAGGAACACGUGUUAGACCGUAUGUGGCCUCCAGAGUCGCUUCGAAAGCUGUUCUUUUUUUGGUGUAACGAAGUUGACUCGCUACUCAAAGCCAAUCCGCUCUGGUAUCGAACUUUGGCUCUUGUUAGUCCUGUCGUGUAUGCACCUUUUUAUGUGUUUGCCAUCUAUGCAUUUGUUAACCAGCGAGAAUGGAUCAGAACACCAGGUCUGUGCUGGUCGUGGGGUAUGAUAUUGGUGAUGUUUGCCGUCUUGUCGGAACAAUUUUUUGGAAAACAUGCUACGAAGAAUAUGGCUCUUUUUUGUGCUGCAUAUCUGCCAUAUGUUGUUUUCCCAAUACUCUUCGGUCUAAGACUACUGAUGUAUCCAACAGUGUUUGACCACACGAAUAGCCAUGACAAGAAGGAAUCUUGAUGAGAUCGAACAUGAAGUUUGACAUUACACGUAAACUAAUGAGCAUGCGUUGUUAUAGCACGACAAUCAAACUAAUAACCACGUGACUAGUAUUAUCCGGGACUACG